AUGGGUCGUACCGUGCUCAUUACUGGCUGCUCCGACGGCGGCCUCGGCGCUGCGCUCGCAAAAGCAUUCCAUGAAAACGGUGACCGCGUCUUUGCAACAGCCCGGGACCCUCGCAAAAUGGCCUCCCUGACAGCGCUCGGGAUUGAGACACUGCAGCUGGAUGUUUUGUCGGAAGAAUCCAUCAAGGCAUGUGUGGAAAAGGUCUCCUCAAUGACAAGUGGUUCACUGGACAUCUUAAUCAACAACGCCGGAGCAGGGUACACUAUGCCCAUGCUGGACGCCUCGAUUCCAGAGAUCCAGAAGCAAUUCGAGCUUAAUGUUUGGGCCGUUUUACGAACAUCCCAGCUAUUUUUCCCACUGAUUCGCAAUUCCAAUUCGAAGAUGCUUGUCAACAACACCAGCGUCAACUCAGUCGUCGGUCUUCCCUGGCAAGGACCUUAUAACGCCUCUAAAGCCGCGAUAGCCAGCUUCACCGAGACGCUUCGCCUUGAGCUGCAACCCUUUGGCAUAAAAGUGAUUGAUCUAAAGACUGGUGCUGUGAGGUCCAAGUUCUUCGAAAACACAUCGGCAUUGACGUCGCAUACGUCAGUUCCAAAUGACAGCGUCUAUGCAGCGGCUAAGGACAAAAUUGAAGAAUAUAUGGCCAAAGGCCCCGAGGGUCACUUUGUGGAAGCAGAUGCCUGGGCUAAAAGAGUGCUGCGCGAUUUGUCGAAGCAUUCACCGCCUCAUCAGGUCUGGCGCGGUGGCGGCGCUUCUUUACUGUGGUUCGUCGCAACCUUCGUCCCCAUUGGGUGGAUGGACUCCAAAAUCAAGAAAUUAGUGGGCCUAGAUGUCGUGGAGAGACGGAUCAAGCAAGAAGAGCAGACAAGGAAAUCGACAUAG